AGGGUAUCUAUGAAGACCUUCUUCCUGGUUUUCAGACAGUUGUCUUGCGUGCCCUCACAUGAUGGAAAGAGAGAGCUCUCUGGGUCCUUUUUGAUAAGGCACCAAUCCUAUUAGUGAGGGCUUUACCUCAAUGACCUAAUGAUCUCCCAAAGAACCCACUUCCUAUCACUAUCACAUUGGGGGUUAGAAUUUCAAUAUGUAAACUGUAAAGGGACACAAACAUUCAGUCCAUAACACAGUGAAAUCUGAUACUUUUGAGGUAAGCUUGUGUCUAAAACAUACCUUUGAAUGGACUACUGGUCCUAUUAGCCUUUUACUCAUAACCAUCCUGGUGAUUACAUUUGUAAAUUCUUUGGCAUGCUCUUGAGCAGGCUCCCUUUCUUCUGUGACUCAGAGCUUGGAGAGUUCCAACCAAACUCAAAGUCAGGAACAGGGGGUGUGGACUUCUGAGCUAUGCCAGUCAGCAGCUAGAAUAUUGUUGGCAGUCUCCUCCCCUUCCUGCACUUCAGCUCUACACAGUGUGCAUUCUGGAAUGACAGGCAUUUCUGUGUGAAGAGAGCCAGUGUGAAGACAGUUUUGUAAGAACUACGAGUGCCCAGGCUGUAUGGGAAACAGAAACCUCAGCAGAUGAACUGACUUCAUGCCCUCUCCUGAUGUUUGGCAGUGACACUGAGAGAGGAUCACAUGUCCCCUCUUUAUGUGGAUUUAUCUUUUAAGAAAAGUUUGCUUUUGUCCGGGACAGUUUGUUGUUGUGAGAUACAUCAGACAAUAUAAUCAUGGGGCAAGCUGAUGUCUCCAGACCGGUAAAUCCAGAUGCAGUUGGUGAGUAAUAGAAGGCAGAGAAACAGAAAAUCUUGACAGAAGCAAGACAGAUUUACAGAGGAAGCAGACCAGCCUGCUACAGAGCCAGGCAUGGUCAUGGACAGUGUGGAAGCAGGAGAUACAACACCUCCUACCAAAAGGAAGAGCAAGUUCUCAGGCUUUGGCAAGAUCUUCAAACCCUGGAAAUGGAGGAAAAAAAAAAGUAGUGAUAAAUUUAAAGAGACUUCAGAAGUUUUAGAACGGAAAAUAUCUAUGCGAAAACCAAGAGAAGAGCUGGUUAAAAGAGGGGUUCUGUUGGAAGACCCUGAGCAAGGUGAUGAGGAUCCAGGAAAGCCAAGCCAUGCCAUGUUAAAGAAUGGCCAUACCAACCCCAUAGGGAGUGCCAGAUCAUCUAGUCCAGUCCAAGUAGAGGAAGAGCCAGUAAGAUUAACAAGUCUUAGGAAACCUAUUCCAGAAGAGGAAUUAAAGAAACGACUAGGCUCAACUGGAAGCCAGCCUAACUCUGAAGCAGAGUCUAUUCCUGAGAAUGUACCCAAACAGCCUUUACUUCCUCCCAAAAGACCCUUGUCCGCUUCUCAUGAAGCAAAUGAAGGGCAAGCAAAGGAUUCCACUUCCUCUGGCAGCCUGGCAAGGUUCAUCAUCUCUACUUCCAUCACCACAGCACCCGCUGCCACCACUGCUGCCACAAGCCUUGCAAAGACUGUUAAUCUGUCUGCCACGCCUUCCCCAGCACCAAGGACUCUGCCUGCUGCUCCUGCCAGCACUAACACUACUGCUACCCCAAGCCUCACUCAUACGAUCCCUGCCAAGCAGCCCCCUAUCCCUCCCCCUAAACCAGCUCACAGAAAUAGCAACCCUGUCAUUGCUGAACUGUCCCAAGCAAUAAACAGUGGUACAUUGUUAUCAAAACCGUCCCCACCAUUACCACCCAAGAGAGGCAUUCCAUCCACCUCAGCACCCACCUUGGAGUCUGCUGCUGCCAUCACCACCAAAACACCAAGUGAUCAAAGAGAGAAAAGCAUGUGUUCUGUGGGCUCUGAACUGCUGCCAGUGAUCCCACCUUGCUCUCCGUCCCCACCAUUGCCUACUCAUAUACCUCCAGAGCCUCCAUGCUCCCCUCCAUUCCCUGCUGCGACUUUUCAAGUUGUACCAGAAAUUGAGUUUCCACCAUCUUUAGAUCUACCCCAGGAGAUUCUCCAGCAGGAAGAUCAGAGAAAGGAAGUCCCCAAGAGGAUAUUGGACCAGAACUUUGGGGAGCCCCAUAUACCCUCCAGGCUGCCUCCACUCCCACUGCAUAUUCGAAUCCAGCAGGCCCUCACUAGUCCACUUCCCAUGACUCCUCCUCUGGAGGGCUCUCACAGAGCUCAUUCGUUGCUCUUUGAAAACAGUGACAGCUUUUCUGAGGACAGCAGUACACUGGGUCGGACCAGGUCUCUUCCCAUCACUAUUGAAAUGCUGAAAGUUCCAGACGAUGAAGAAGAGGAGGAGCAAAUCUGUCCAACCACAUUCAGUGAAGACAUGACAUCUACCUCAGUCAUUCCUAAACUACCACGGUGUCUACAGGAGGAAGAAGAGAAAGAGAGUGACUCUGAUUCAGAAGGUCCCAUUCAGUACCGAGAUGAAGAGGAUGAAGAUGAAAGUCAUCAGAGUGCUCUGGCCAACAAAGUGAAGAGGAAAGACACACUGGCAAUGAAGUUGAACCACAGACCCAGUGAACCAGAGUUGAACCUGAAUUCUUGGCCUUGUAAAAGCAAGGAAGAGUGGAAUGAAAUACGGCACCAGAUUGGAAACACACUGAUCCGGCGACUGAGUCAAAGACCAACACCAGAAGAACUAGAACAACGCAAUAUAUUGCAGCCUAAAAAUGAAGCUGAUCGUCAGGCAGAAAAACGAGAGAUUAAACGUCGGCUCACUAGAAAGCUCAGUCAAAGGCCAACUGUGGCUGAACUCCUUGCCAGGAAGAUUCUGAGGUUUAAUGAAUAUGUAGAGGUAACAGAUGCUCAAGAUUAUGACCGGCGAGCCGACAAACCUUGGACCAAACUGACCCCUGCUGAUAAGGUAUCUGAAAAGCACUCUCUUGCUCUUUUUCUCAUUUUCUCUUUAUUUGGAGGAUGCAAGAUACUAAGUAGAAGGGAGAACCAUAAACAAAGCUUCUAGUUUUAAUAUAAUACUAAAUUUCAAAUCAAGAUACAAAAUGCCAAGUUGUACAAGUCAAAAUGUUAUACUAACUCAGUAUAAUGUUUGGGUAACUCCACACCAAUAACCGAAAGAAAGAAAAUCCCUGCUAUAU